AUGCUCGACCUCAAACCCCACCCGGCGCUGCUCAUCAUCGACAUGCAGAAUGGCUUCUGCCACAAGGAGGGCAUCGGCAUCCCAACGGCGAAUGCGAGAGCCAUCGUCCCGCAGAUCCAGCGCCUUCGCACCGCGUGCAGAGAACACGGCAUCCCCGUCAUUUACGCUCGCUACGGGAUGAAGCCGGAUUACUCGGACGCGGGCCUCGAAUUCGAACCGGAAGGCGGCGCCGAAAUCCUAGCCCUCGGCGGCUUCGUCCGCGGCACAUGGGACACGGCUAUCCUCGACGAACUCACGCCGGCGCCGGACGAGGUAGUGAUUGACAAGAACCGCAGCUCCAUGUUCUUCGGGACGAAUUUGGAGGCGGUGUUGCGGGACAAGGGCGUUGACCACGUGCUUGUGACGGGGGUGGCGUCGCACGUUUGCGUCGAGUGCACGGCGCGCGAUGCGUGGAGUCAUGCGUUUUGGACGACGACGGUGCGGGAUGCGACGGCUGCGUCGGACGUGGCGUUGCAUGAGGCGAGUAUGAAGAAUAUGCAGUGUUUUGGGGGCACGGCGGGGACGGAAGAGGUGGUGGAGGCGGUGGGGAGGUUGAAGACGAGGUCGUGA